CGAGCGCGGGGGGCGCUGCUCGGGGGAGAUCGGCUUCCGAGGGCGGCGGGCGGCGCUGCGACUGGUCCCCGCCGCCUCCAUUGCGCCCAAGUCGGAUUCCCAACUUGGGAGGCGCCGCGGCCCUGCGCACGCGCGCCUUCCUCGCCACCGCCGCCGCGGCCUCCUCCUCCUCCUCGGCCUCCUCCGCCUCGGCCUCCGCCCCCGCCGCUCCCCGGCUCGGCCCCUGCCCCAUGCCCGCGCCGUGCGUCCUCGGCCCGCUGAGCGCGCGGGGGGCCCUCGCCGCCCCAAGUUUAGGACUUGCACCAUAGUUGGCCCGGGGACAGUCGCCGGGACCCCGCCAUGGACGAGGAGCGGGGGUCCGCGCUGGCGGCCGAGUCGGCGCUGGAGAAGAACGUGGCCGAGCUGACCGUCAUGGACGUGUACGACAUCGCGUCGCUCGUGGGCCACGAGUUCGAGCGGGUCAUCGACCAGCACGGCUGCGAGGCCAUCGCGCGCCUCAUGCCCAAGGUCGUGCGGGUCCUGGAGAUCCUGGAGGUGCUGGUCAGCCGCCACCACGUCGCGCCCGAGCUGGACGAGCUGCGCCUGGAGCUGGACCGUCUGCGCGUGGAGAGGAUGGACCGCAUCGAGAAGGAGCGCAAGCACCAGAAGGAGCUGGAGCUGGUGGAGGACGUGUGGCGUGGGGAGGCACAGGACCUCCUCUCCCAGAUUGCCCAGCUGCAGGAGGAGAACAAGCAGCUCAUGACCAACCUCAACAACAAGGACGCCGGCCUGUCCGAGGACGAGUUCCAGAAGCACGAAGGCAUGUCGGAGCGUGAGCGGCAGGUGAUGAAGAGGCUGAAGGAGGUGGUGGACAAGCAGCGAGACGAGAUCCGUGCCAAGGACAGGGAGCUGGGCCUGAAGAACGAGGACGUGGAGGCGCUGCAGCAGCAACAGACCCGGCUCAUGAAGAUCAACCAUGACCUUCGGCACCGGGUCACGGUGGUGGAGGCCCAGGGGAAGGCCCUGAUCGAACAGAAGGUGGAGCUGGAGGCGGAUCUGCAGACCAAGGAGCAGGAGAUGGGCAGCCUGCGGACAGAACUCGGGAAGCUGCGGGAGAGGCUGCAGGGCGAGCUCAGACAGAACGGGGAGGAGGCGCCCGAGAUGGAGCCCGGUGAAGAGGAGUGUGCCUCAGAUUCGGAGAAGGCGGCCCUGGAUCUGAAGGACCCCAACCGCCCCCGGUUCACGCUGCAGGAGCUGCGGGAUGUGCUGCAUGAGAGGAACGAGCUCAAGUCCAAGGUCUUCUUGCUACAGGAGGAACUGGCCUACUACAAGAGUGAAGAAAUAGAAGAGGAAAAUCGAAUGCCCCAACCUCUACCCAUCGCACACCCGAGAAUGUCCCCCCAGCCAGAGUCUGGGAUCAAGCGACUUAAAGAAGGUCCUAUGAGUGACGGGUUUAGCUUUUUCUCCAGAGACAAGAAGCGCCUAGCCAACCCUCAGAGACACGUGCACAUCCACGAGUCCUUCGGCCAGUGGGCAAACACCCACCGUGACGACGGGUACACAGAGCAAGGACAGGAAGCCCUGCAGCACCUGUGACCUUGGCCCCCCUCUGCCCUUGGACCUGACCCUUCGCAGCCUGGACUGGGUCACUGCCUCAUGCCUCUCCGUGCAAAUGCACCCUCGAAACCCACCACUCGGACAGACCGUCUGCUUUGAGGGCGGACGCUGCAAAACUGGUGCCAAACUCUAGAGAAAGUGUUUAUUUAUAUCCAGGUCUAUCACCGUUUAUAACAGAUGCCUCUGAUCUCUUAGGAUAUAUGUUUAAUAAUCCCACGGGCAGAGCCAGACGAUGGUGUUAACUUUAGUAACAAGCUUCUGUAAGCCAAAUUCAUCACUCACCUCUAUAACUGCUGUUUUACUUGCUUUGUAUAAAAUUUUAGUUGUAGAGUUUUUAUGGUCACCUUUGUCAUACUUGCGAGGGAGACAGGGAAAUGGUAGCUUUAUAUUAUGGAAUUGCAGGUUGUAUAGGAUGUAUCCAUUGGACACAGGAUAAGUGACCCCUACUCGGACAUAAAGUGACCGUCCAGCCACCCAGAGGCCAGAGAUGGCCUUUGGAGAGCAACAGCCAUUCCUGGUGAGGCCUGGGUGGAGCGGGCAGCCCUGUGCGAGUCAGUGUGCCUUAGAGUCUGCUGUGAAAAAGCAGUUCUAACCAAACAAAGUUGCUAUGGAUGAGACAUUGCAACAUUUCUUGUGUGUAUUUUUCUUAUCCUGGCACCUUGUUUCCUUUUGGUGUUCACCAGGUGAAAUACUUAGUCCCUCGCAAAGACAAACACAGCAGGUGAUACAGGACAGUGGGUCGGGGAGACAUAGCAGAAGAAAGGCAAGAGGUGGGCAAAUGACUUGAGGCCCACAUGCCCUAGUUGACUCAGAGCUGCAGGAGCCAACAGAGGAGUUGGGGGCUGGGCUUCGUUCUUUCUUUCCCCCCACAGAAUGCCCGGGGCACAGGACGAGGCCAAGUUCUAUGCAUUCUGCUAGAUUUGCUGAAAGACCAGCAGGUGAAGCACACGUGUAAUCCCAGCCCUUGGGGAGGCCGAGGUAGGAGGAUUUGAGGCUACCUGGGCUACACAGUGAGACCUUGCCUCUAAAAAAAAAACCAAAACAACGGCUGGUGGAGUGGCUCAAAUGGUAAAGCACCUGCCUAGCAAGUGAAAGGCCUGGAGUUCAAACCCCAGAACCGCCAAAAAAAACAGAUCAAGGAUGGUAAUGCAUAUCCCUACAACAUCCAGUCAGUGCCAACAACCAAGAAUUGCCCAGCCUGACUGAUCUACAGCGCCAAGGUCUAGUACUAACUUUGAUUCAUUUAAUUUAUUAAUGGAUAACGUGUUAAUGGCUAUCGAGGAGCUGCUGAUAGAAACUUCCUUCCGAUCCUUCACUGUUAAAACCAGGUUGGCACACUUUCACACGUGUGCAGCAGCCUGCAGAACAAGCUGGAAAGACUGGCCACGCCAAAGGGGAUCUGUGUUUGUCAUGUCAAACUGCUGAAGUCCCUGCUGUUAGAGUUGUACCUUUCCUCUUUAAGUUACCAGGGCCACACGUGAAGCCCCAAUGAAACAAGGAGGGGGAUAAGUACGCCUGUUUUAAAUUCACCCAUGUUUUGAGGGGCAGAGUCAAUGACCAUGAACCCUGCACUAGGCUGUUUUUCUCCUGCUGGAGUCACAGGACACAUGCUUCCCUGCUGUGGGGAGGGAACACACUGGGUGCCACCACAGGGACACUUUGUGGCUGGAAUGUGAACGAAAUCAGAAAAGAGCCUCGGUGGGGCUGCUCUGUGAGCCUAAGAUAGUAAAAUCCUAUACUGGAACUUUACCAAGGAAAAAGCAUUCUUUUCUAAAACUGUUUUAACAGCUGAUAGCAAUUUUAAAGCAUAGCAAGCUGGUCCACCUGCUGUGUAGCACUGUGACAGAUUCCUAUUUUAUAAUGUAUAUAUUUAUUUUUGGUGGUACUGGGCUUGGGUCUGCUAGGCAAGCACUCUAACACUUGAGCUAUGCACCCAGCCCAGAAAUGCAUACUUUUAUGUAAAAACCUGGCAGUGAAGGCUGGCUGUGUAGCUCAAUGGUAGAGUGCUUGCCUAGCAUAGGGAGGCCCUCAUUCCAUCCAUAGGAAUGCAAAAAAAAAAAGACAACUGAGCUUUCAAAGCUAGACACAUUUGUAAAAUGCUAAACACCACUUUUUUUUUCUUUUUUCUUUUUUAAUCCUGAGUGCUGUGGUACUUACCAAAGUUCACAGAAUUUAAGGUUAUAAUAGAACCAGGUCUCCAGCAAACCAAAGGUCAGCUGAUGAGAAAGGAAAAGGAAAAGCAGGGCUGGGAUGUAGCUCAGUGGUUCCUUCCGCAUUUGCCUGAACCACUGGGUUUGUUCUCAGCACCAAAAAAGAAAAGAUAACAAAAAAAGGUAAUCCACCAGAACCAGUCACAGCUCUUUCAGUGGUUUUGACCUCUCCUGUUCAUUCUGGUCUCACUCUCUCUUCUGUUGAGCCUUAUAUUUUCAAAGGGCUGGAACACCGCCCUGGAUCACAGCCCUGCAAUGCUGCUUUUUAAUUUUAAAUGCCGGCCAGAAACAGAAAGGAGAUGUCAGCAUUCUGCACCCAAGCAAGCGGAGGUACAUUUGUUUGAAAGCAGUGGCUGCAGACCCAGACGUUCUGGCUGCGUCUGGUGUUAAGGCAUCCCCACAGACAUACUUUUCUAUCCCCUUUUUAGUUCAGUUCAGCAAACCCUGGGGCUGUGGACAUGAGGAUGGAAAAGACAGAACUUAUUCUAAGCAGAUUAGGGUCCCCAGGAGUCACAGAUCAGUGUGGAGGGUUUUAGGCGAUCGCCUCUUUGCCACAGAUUCAAAAUAACUCCAGAUAGACAGAAAAUCAGGCCAAAUUUUCCAUGUCAAAGAAUGAGAACAGAAGUCUUUACAAAGACCUCUGUACAAAUGCCAGCAACUAUAGUUUUUUUUUUAAUUAAAAAUAAA